CAUAAUGGCGGAAGAGGCGAAGGACAGAACCGUCGAGAAUUUUAAAGAUGAGUUGCUUCACAAACUCAAUGAGCUCAGAGAAACAAACAUUCUCUGUGAUGCGAUAAUACGUGCCCAAGGAGAGGAUUUCCCAGCCCACAAGUGUGUUCUAUCAGCUGCAAGCCCUUACUUUCGGGCCAUGUUUACAAGUGAAUUGAAAGAAAAAGAAAGUAACCAUGUAGAGUUACAAGAGAUCAAAUCUGCAACCCUUAUUGAUGUUCUUCGGUAUGUUUAUACUGGUGGAACAAGAAUCGACUCUUCUAACGCAAAAGAUUUGGUGAUGGCCACAGACUAUUUGAUCAUUCCAAGUUUGAAAGCAAGAGCUACCCUUUUCCUUGAAGGAACAUGGAAUGGUUCUUGUUGCCUCGCUUUAGAAUCGUUUGCAUCUCGGUAUAACUGUGAAGCGCUGAAAAAAGCUGCGGUUGCCUAUAAGAUGGAGAAUUUUGUAGAUGUCACAAGAUCCGAAGAUUUCAGAUUGCUUGAUGUAGAGAAAGUAAAAGAACUGAUUUGCAUGGACGAGAUAAACGUGGCAGAGGAAGAGGAAGUAUAUGAAGCACUGAUGUCCUGGGUCAAAUAUGAUCUGCCAUCCAGAGAAUAUCUGCUUCCAGAGCUACUGAAACGUGUAAGACUCUUCUCAAUACCAAAGUACGGACUACGAAAAAUUUUGGAUGACGAAUUAAUCAGUAAGGACCCGAUAUGCAUGAAAGAAGUAAUAACUGCUUUAGAUUUGUCUCUGUUCCCAGGACAUUUCCAAGAGGCAUUUAAAAAACCCCGCCUCCCGUUGAGCAAAUAUGAACAGGUUGUGAUUCUUACUGGUGGAGAAGAUGGUGAAGGCUCCAAUGAUAAAACUCAGUGUUUUGUACUUUCUGAUUCCAAAUGGUUAUCCUUACCUAGCAUGCCUUUUCCACGUUCCCAUCAUGGUGCUGCAGUUUGUGGUGGACUGUUAUAUGUAAUGGGUGGAGACAAAUCAGCUCCAGUCUGUUAUUUUAACCCAAAACAAAAUAAAUGGAGCACCCUUAAUGUUACAAUGGAUAAAAAGGGCUGCUCAGUCACUUCUUUUAAUCAGGAGCUUUAUGUGAUUGGUGGAGAGGGUUCUUGGCAUGAUGUUCACAUUUAUUAUCCACUUGUGAAUGAAUGGAGGCAAGUGACAUCAAUGGAAACUGCACGGGCAGGUCAUAGUGCAGUUGUACUUCAACAGAAAAUUUAUGUCAUUGCUGGCCAUGAUGGCAGAGCUUGUAAAAACAGUGUAGAGUGCUACAAUCCUUCAAUUGAUAAAUGGGUUAGGGCUCCAAAGUUAUCUAAAGUUCGAAGGUCUGCAGCUGCUUCAACAGUUGUUGAGAAAAUCAUAGUUGUGGGAGGAUUUGGUGACAUGACAACUCAAACAAUACAACUCUCCUAUGAAGUUUAUGAUUCAUGUACAAAUCAAUGGAGCUUGGUUCCUACCUGUAAUUUUCCUCGUGCUGCUUGUAGUUCUGUGAGUAUAGGUGAUGAGGUUCACUUGUUUGGAGGAGAGGAUGAAAGAAUUUAUAAAAGUGAAGUAAUGUCUCUUGACAUCACAAGUAGAAAAUGGUAUACAAAAGCUUUUAUGGAUACCCCAAGGCAAUGCUCUUUUCUUCAAGCAUCACUAUUAAAAUUGCCAAAAGAUGUGAUUUAUUCAUUGGCUAAAGAUUAAUUCAUUGGUUGUGAUUAAUUGAAAUCAUUGAUUGAGGGAAAGAAGAGAAACAAGACUCAUCUUAACAAUGAUUUUUAAAAUUGAUCAAUGACCUAAAACAUUGUAAGACCAUACAUGUACUUACAUAAAAGCAAUAUUUGCUGUGAAAUUGACUGUAUGAAAUAGCUAUUAUCCAUUUGCUAAGGAGAAACAUAUAAUACAGGUUAUGAAAGAGGGUUUUCCUCUUGAGAGAUUCUGUACAGACAUCUCUUUGGUGUUUAAGAAAUGCCAGGUGACCUAAGUAUUUCAUCUACUCUUAAAAAAAGGGGAGUAGUGGUGUAAUAACUUCCACCCUUGUCCCUCAUUUAGCUAAGGUUAGGUAUGGUGAGGCAAACUUUAUUUUUCCAGGGUGGCCCAAUCAGCAAUAGGACUGGUAUCCAGAAGAGCCCUGGACUAAAAAGUAUAAUAAUUUAAAAUUAUAUUAAUUAGUAAUUUAAAAGUACAGAAUGUAAUAAUUUAAUAAUACAUGUUAAAAUUCAUGAGUAUUCAUCAAAAAUUUAAUGGAAAAAAGUGACUCUGCUGAGUCCAAAAAUUUAAAAGUUUGUUUCCUAAGGCUUAGCUUCAGUUUGGGUAGCUGGAAAUUGGUUUUUCUGUGAGUGUCAUAGUACUAGCUUAUUUAAGUAUUUAUAAACUAAAAAAAAUGUGAGUCUUUUCUGUUUCAUUCCUAAGUCAGUCCACCUAAAACACUAAAAGUGUCUUUAGAGAACUCACACCUUAAAACAAUGUGGGCAGCACGAUUUUGUUACUGUUGAAGGGUUUUGCUGGAGAUGGCUGACAGUUCACCCCAUGCAGUGUCAGUAUAACACAGGAUUGGCUCAAUAAAGGUAUUGUAGACACACUUUGCUGCCUAAGAGUAAAGCCAGAUCUUAUCUGUGCUAAAAGUCCCAAAUGCUUGUUGAUGAAGAUGAAGAGCCACUCUGUGGAAAUAACAAACCCUUUACUUACUUACUUUGUUUCAAAUAGCAGAAAUAGAGUUGGUAUGCUCUUUCCAAUGAAGCUGUUCAUUGAGCAAUUAAGAGUGAAUGUCUCCUAAGAUCAAAGAAAAAUGAAAAAAUCGCGGAC